AAAUCAUGUCCUCUCCCUCAAAGCCAUCAGGCUUAGACAGCUUACCCAAUGAACUACUUCUAAAGAUUCUGGAGCAAUCUCCGGAUAUCUCCACCCUGUGGAGCCUCGUCAACACCUCUGCACGCUUUGCCGCACUAUUCCAGGCUCGGGCGCUGGAGACCGUCGAGGCCGUGCUCGAGGCCACCGUCCCGUUGCAAUCGCGAAUUCUCAUGCGGGCGGUGCUGUCCCUGCGCGCCGGAACCAGUUCAUGCCGGGACUAUUUCGACGCGAUGGAUUACCUGACGGAGAAAUUCGAGCCCUGGCCGCCAGUGGUCGCCACCGCGGCCAUCGUCCGGGAUUUCGUGCGGCUCGCACACCAGGUCCAUUUGCUCGCGCAUUGGAGUCUCGAUACCUGUCUCCAGCACUGUCUCUCCCGUCCACAGCUCUCACGACGCCAAUAUUGCCCGACAUUCCGGCAGCCCACGUGGACGGAGGAGCAGCGCACGAUUCUCGCGUUUUGGCGGCAUGUGUGGUACCAGAGCCUCCGGCUUGCGGGCCGCCAAGGAUUGCUAGAGUGGAGCCCCGCCGACCUCGACCGCUUGGCCACAGUCACCCCCUGGGAAUACCCCAUCCCCUCCUCGGGUAUCUACCAGGUCUUGACAGUCAUGGACUUCUUGAGCCGCCACGCUGCGGCUGAUUCCGACACAAGCACCAAUCUGGUGCUCCCGGAUAUCCCGGCACAGUUCCGGUUCGGAUGGGCGUGUGCCCCUGCGCCCUAUGCCAGCGCUUUGGCGCAAGAAGCGGAGGGGUUGAGUGCUGCAACCGAGCCGGACGAAGGAGCUCUCCAGCUGGAGGGCAAAUUAGACGAGGAGGGGGAGAAAGCACUAGCCACUGAGAUAGCCCAGGCUGCGGCGCCCUCCGCGCCUCCCCCUGAGGAUGAAUGCCGUCCCUGGCCGCCAGGCUACGCCUUUCGACCGGUACGAAAUUACGGUGUACGAGCCCCCGGACGCGAGUGGCAAGAUCUAGAUGCGGAGCCCCUCGGGUUUCAGUUCUGGCGCAGUAUGAUGCACAACCCCCUGGCUGGUCGCGGCAAGUACAUGGCCCUGCGAGCCUAUCUGCCAUACGGGUUAGUCUUGUGGGAGGAGCAGAGGAUCACGGCGAUGGGACUGUGGUCGCCACUGGGCGAUCCAUGCGAUUAUUACCGGCGGUGGUAUGCCUUGUUAAGCGAGGAGGAGGUACAGCAGCACAAGGCAAAGAUUCCUUUCUGUGGGGACACGGAGUAUUGAGGGGCGAAGCCACCUUAUCAUUCGACUAAACACUAUCUAUCAUCCAAGCAAG